UCGGUUUCAACAAAAAAUGGCGUCGCACGGAGACGAUUCAACGCCGUCUGAGCAACAAGAGGAGAAAAAACCCGCAGUGUCGUUUGGUUUUACGAAAACACUCAGCAGAUUUAAACCCUCUACUCUCGACGCCGAUAGAAAGAAGGACGACAGAGAUUUCUUGACUGGAAUUGAUAGAAAAGAACUGCAAAGUACAAAACCGUCUGAGAAGCCCAAAGAGCUCAUCAUCCCUCUGAUCCAGAAGAACCGCUGGCAGAAACCGGACCGAGCGGGUCAGAACGAGGGGAGAGAAGGCGAAACACAUGAGACAACCAGGGGCAAUGACUCCGUGGAGUCUCAGGCUGUCAAAGAACUCAUCGAGGAUUCACGGAGGCAGCUUGAUGAGUGGCAGAAUGGCCCACAGGCUCAAAGUGACCCGAAUCUCUCCAUUCCCUUGUUGAUGCAAAACAAAGUACCUGAAGGCUUUGAGGAUGGAGACCUUGUCAAGGUGGAUUUACGGCCUGAAUCUUCGACCGAGGCAGAUUAUGACAACAUUCCUGUGCAGGCGUUUGGACUGGCUAUGCUGAAGGGGAUGGGGUGGAAUAAAGCGGAAGGCAUUGGACGCACCUUUAAACAAGAUGUGAAGCCAAUUGAACACCAGCUGCGUCCAAAGGGUUUGGGUCUUGGAGCAGAUCGUGCAGCGAUAAAGGACCUGGAACCCACUAAACGUCGGCGACCUCCCAAGCCAGGCGAGGAGCGAGAGAAGGAGGAGGAACUAGUGAUGGGUCCUGGGGGGUUUGUGCUGGUGCAGUCAGGGGUUCAUAAAGAGCUGUAUGGCAAGAUCGAAGGUCUGGAUCCAGACAAUGCUCGAGCUAUGGUGAAGCUGGCAAUCGGUGGCCAGACUAUAACUAUCAGCCAGCACACUAUCAAACUCAUCGAACGCAAAGAAUAUGAGAAAUACAGCAAAGACCUCAGUCGCCUCAGUAAAGCUCACAAAGACAAGGAAAAGCAGAAAGAACAAGACAAGGAGCGCGAGAGACAGAAGGAGAAGGAGAGGAAAAGUAAUGGUGAUAAGGUCAAUUACAAGUCAUCGGAAAGGGAUGGAGGAAAAGAAGAGAGGAAGAGGAAACGUGGAGAAGCAAGUGACGACAGAGAGAAGCCUCCAGUGAAAGAAGUGAGGCGGCCGCCAGCGCCACGUUCCUGGCUCCAGAGAGACUUGAAAGUUCGCUUCAUAGACAAAAUGUUUAAAGGGGGAAGGUACUACAACUCAAAGAUGUGUGUGGAGGACGUCCUGACGCCAAAUACGUGCGUGUGUCGAACUGAAGAGGGAAGACUGUUAGACGAUGUGAAGCAGGAUAUGGUGGAAACCAUUGUUCCAAAAAGUGAACAUGAUUCUAUAAUGGUUGUACUGGGUGAACACAGGGGUCAGGUCGGCCGUAUCCUCCAACGGGACAAGAACAAGUGCAGAGCGAUAGUUCAGCUCGACCAACAUGAAAAAGUGCUCUCGCUGGACUAUGACUCCAUAUGUCACUAUGUUGGUGCAACUGACUGAAUCAAAUUUGAAUUUCUAUUAUUGUGAUAAUCGUGAACGGAGAUGACGUCACGUGAGUGACUUUUGUUACUCGCCAACAUACAGUCCAUGUGAUUUAUUUUCUAAUGUGCCACAAUGGGGAGCUGCAUCUUUCCUCAUGACGUAUUAUGAUCUUAUUCAAUUAUUUUUCACAGAAAAACUGUAUCCCAUCUGCGAUAUUUCUGACCAGUGUAAGUGUAGACAGAAGGCUGCACUAAAACAAAUUUUGUUAAAAACUUUUCAGUCCUCGCAAUAUCGUCAAUCGCAAUAAUUUUAUCAGGAUUAUCACGUUGGGAAAUGUUUACACCGUCCCAUGUCUAGUCAAAUGUUACCAGUUCUUUUUCAUCCCAUCUGUUAUGUAAUAUUCAGAAUAAAAUGAAAUGAGAUUUUA